AUGUGGGACAUUGAGAUACUGAACGGACACCUGGACACCACCCGUAAGGCCCUCGAGGAGGAGGAGGCGGCUGAGGAGAGGCGCCUUCAGGCUCGGGCAGCCGAGAGGCUCCAUGAGGAGAAGGCGGCCUUCAGGAAAGCCGAGCGGAACCGGCUGCUGAGGAUCCGGAAAUCCAUGCACAUCCAGAAGGAGCAUGGGCUUCAGCACCAGAAGCUGGUGGAAGAUGCCCAGAAGAACCACAAGAUCGCAAUCAAGUUCUUGAAGGCCUCCCUGGGCAGAAUCCGGGAACAGGAGCAGAAGGAGGAGAUGGAGUCACGUGAACACCUGAAGAGGCGCAUGGAUGCCGUGCUGGCGCUGAAGAACAACAUCACUGCAAACCGGGAAACACUCCGGAAGUUUCAGGCGUGGGGCCAGACCCGGGCUGAGCUGGCCAAGCAGAAGGCCCAAGUAGAGAAGGAGGCAAUCCUGGCCCAAGGUGGGGAUGCGUUCAAACAGCUUUUCCAUCAGCGCCGGCGCCAGGAGCUGGAGGCUCAGAAACGGGCCUUUGAGGAGGAGCAGAGGCACCGGAAGCUGGAAAUUGUAAGCCGGCUUUGGAAGGAGGAGGCCGAGGAGGAGAACAGGAGGAGGAAGCAACUGCCCCCUGCUCAGCCCUCGGACCGGCUCACGCUGAGGGACAAGACCUGGUGUUAUGUGGCCGACUUCUUGGAGGGUGUGACCACCACGGCCCCCUCAUACCCGCUGGAUACUGAGGACCUGGUGUACCCUGAAGCCCCCCAGCUACUGCAGGCCAUCUCCAGCGAGUCUGUGCAGUGUGAUCCUGGGCUCCUCACCAACCCAGAGGAGGAAAUAUUUGCGGAGCCAGAAAUCUCUGGGCUCUGGAAUGAGGACUACACACCAUACCAGGUGCCCAAGGAGGAUGUGGAACGGAAGCCCGUGGGUGGGACCAAGAUGGACAAAGACAUCCUAGCCCACACCAUGGAACGGCUGCGGAGUGGUGUAGUACACAAACAAGUGGUGUCUGGGCGUGAGUUCAAAGGCCGCCCCUUUAACAGCAAGCCUGAACUUAUACACUUCAAGGACUUUGAUAUUGGAAAAGUAUACAAGAAAAAGAUCACGUUGAUAAAUGCCACCUACACAAUUAACUACUGCAAGCUAGUGGGUGUGGAGGAACACCUCAGAGAUUUCAUCCACAUCGACUUUAAUCCCCCUGGUCCCAUGUCAGCUGGGAUGUCCUGUGAAGUGCUUGUCACCUUCAAGCCUAUGAUAAAUAAAGAUCUGGAAGGAAACGUCUCGUUUUUGGCUCAGACGGGUGGAUUUUCUGUUCCACUAAAGUGUUCAACCAAGAAAUGUUCUCUGUCCCUUGAUAAGGACCUCAUCGAUUUUGGCAGCUAUGUGGUGGGUGAGACUGCAUCCCGGGUCAUCACACUGACUAAUAUCGGAGGCUUGGGAACCGGGUUCAAGUUCCAGCCCACUUCCGAGUCCUGUGAUCUGGCCACCUCUCUGAAAACAAGUAGUUUCUUCCUAUACGAAGACAAAAAUCUAUACGAUAAAGUCAUCAUGCCCAGUGUCUCUGAGAACAUGUUUGAGACCCAUGAGUCCUCGCCUGUGGAGACUGGGAAGACAGAGAGCAAAGAGCCAGAGGAGGGGCGUCACCUGUAUUUCAGAGUUGUCGGCGUGGCCAUCGACGUGCCUGUCUGGGUGCCAAAGCCCAAUGUGGACCUAAAGAUCUGCAUGUAUGACCGGCUAUACCAGGACUCUGUGCUCGUGCACACACGGUCAAAGGCAGCUCUGCGCCUGAGGUUUGAGGUGUGCAAGGAGCUGCGGGCCCACAUAGAGCUCCUGCCCGAGACUGGCUACAUCCAGGCGUUGUCUUCCUACUCAGUGCAGCUCAAGUUCCUGCCACGACACUCCCUCCCCGAAGAUGCAGGGAAAUACUUUGACAAGGAGACCCGAGUUCUGGAGGCCCCGAUGACAAUCUGGGUGGCUGACCAGAUCAAGCCUGUGGGGUUCAUCGUCCACGCCAUUGUCACCACCUCAGACUUGGAGAUCAGUCCCCCAGAAGUGGAUUUUGGCUACUGCACCAUCUACGAGGCAAUUAAGACCAAGGUCACAGUCCACAAUCACUCCCUCCUGCCCCAAGAGUUUGGGUUCGUCGGACUCCCCAAGUUCGUGGACAUUCAGCCCAAUGAUGGCUUUGGAACAGUCUUGCCACUGGAAAGUUUGCAACUCUAUGUGAUCUUCCAGCCCACCAAGGCCAAAGAGUACAGCUUCGAGCUGAUCUGCAAAUCGGAGAUUAACAGGCAGUUCAAGCUCUCUUGCCGAGCUGUGGGCGUCCACCCACCCCUGGAGCUGUCUCACUACCACAUCAAGUUUGCGGCCACUGCCUUGUAUGACACCUCCGUGGCCACCCUGUACGUCAUCAACUCCCACCUGAGCAUGAACUCACUGACCCACUCGGUGCCCCGCAUCGGCUCCCAGGACGCUGCCCCUGUGGGGCCCACAUCUUUCGAGUUCCUGCUGCCCCCGGAUUCUCCAAUCACCAUCUCGCCCUCAGUGGGGACAGUGCUACCAGGAAAGAGGUGCUUGGUGCAGGUGGCCUUCCAGCCUGUGCUCCCUGAGGAAUUGGUGCGACAGGAGGCCCUCCAGGCACUGAGCAAGGAGGCUGGAGCCAAACAGACCCGAAAGGACACAGUCACCCAGAAGAAAGACCCACGGAGGCAGUCCAUCCUCCCCAUGCGGCAACAGAACAGAGAGCGACAAUUCCGGGUCUCCACUCCCCCAACCCUGGAGCUGCAGAAGCAAGAGCUCAAGGCCAGUUCUGAAGAGUUCCAGGCUGCCCAGGCUGCCCUGGCCAGAGCUUUUGGGGGGAAGUUUGACAAGUUUGUGGUCCCCUGUGUCAUUGCCAGUGGGGACAUCAAGGACAGAAAGGAAACAGAGCCCAUGAGUUUCAGCCCCCACAACACCUUGUACUUAGAGCUGUGGUGUCCAACAGUGGCACCGUCCAUCGUGGUGACAUCUGACAAAGGCAAAACUGUCUUUAACUUUGGAGAGGUGGCCGUCGGACACCGUGGCAUGAAGAAAGUCUCCAUCCAGAACAUCUCCCCUGAGGACUUGGCUGUGGAGUUCUCAGUCCUGAACCCCAACGGCCCCUUCGUCCUGCUGAACUCCUUCAACAAGCUGCUUGUAGGCGAGACCCAGGUCCUAGGGCUGUCCUUCUUACCCCAGGAGAGCAUCCAGGCCCAGGAGACACUGGACAUCAUCACCAAGAGGGGCACGCUCACCCUCACCCUCCUGGGUACCGGUGUCGCUUCCGUGAUUGUCUGCUCCAUCGAAGGGGACGUUCUCAACAUGGGCUACGUGAUAGCCAGGGAGUCUGUCUCCUCCACUUUCAAGCUGCAGAACGAUUCCACUCUCCCCAUCAAGUUCUCUAUGAGGCUGGACAGUCUGUCCUGCACACGGAGGGAGGACCGGCAACAGCUGCCACAGUUCCUUGUCUCCCCCGAGCAGAGGACGGACGUGGUUGGCACGCAGAACCUGAACGGGCAGAGUGUGUUCAGCGUGGCCCCGGUCGAGGGCAUCAUUGAACCCGGGAAGGCGCAGGACUUCACCGUAACCUUCAGCCCGGACCACGAGAGCCUGUACUUCUCUGACCGGCUCCAGGUGGUGCUCUUUGACAAGACAGUCUCCCAUCAGAUCCUCCUGAAGGGUGCUGCCAGAGAACACAUGAUGUUUGUGGAGGGUGGGGACCCCCUGGACGUACCUGUGGAGUCUCUGACCAUGAUCCCAGCCUUCGACCAGGAGCACAGAGAGGGUGAGCCCUGGGAGGCCCACCCUCCUUCCACAGAGGCAGAGGAGCUGAAGUCCAUUUUGGUAACUCUGGAGUACCUGCAGCUAGACACCGACACACCAGCCCCUCCUGCUACCCGAGAGCUGCAGGUGGGCUGCAUCCGAACCUCCCAGCUGUCUCCAAAGAAGAGUGUGGAGUUCAGCCUGGAUAGUGUCUCAGCCCUGCAGCACAAGGGCUUCACUCUGGAGCCUUCCCGGGGCUUCGUGGAUCGAGGCCAGACCAAGACCAUCAGCAUCUCAUGGAUGCCCACAGCGGACUUCGAUCCAGACUAUCCACUCAUGGUGUCAGCCCUGCUGGUGCUCAGGGGGGACGUGAAGGAGAUCUACAAAGUCCUCUUGGUGGCCCAGGUGGUGACUCGCUCCUGA